UAAUUAAAGGGCAAAAGGUAAUUGUAAAGUGCUCAAGUGUAAUGAUAAUAGUUCAGGAAACUAACUGUAGAAUGCAAGUGAAUGAGAUUGUGUGACAUAUUUAAAAAACACUGUGUUAAAUAAAAGUAUAUAGAGUAGGGAUCCACCUCGGUCCACACUCCAUUUCAGUAGGUGGCGGUAAUGCACACCAGAAGGUUGCUUGCCAACCGCCAUUGAAGAAGAACAAGAAGAAGCAAGAUGGCAAAGACGGUAGUAGUGAAAGCUUACCUGCUGGGCGAAGACGAGGCGGUGACGGAGAUCCACAAGUUCCCGGAGGAUUUCUUCAAAAGCGCCGAUCUCAGCAGGAACAUUUCCAGUCUGUUCUUCAAUCUGAAGAAAACCGCCGCCCUCAACAUGUUCUACCGAGAUGAGGAGGGAGACCUGGUGGGGAUCUCCUCGGAUGAUGAGCUGAUGAUGGGCCUGGCCUGCAUGAAGGACGACAUUUUCCGUGUUUACAUCAAAGUUCCAAAAGAGCCUCAGUAAAUUCACCGAAACGUCACCGUGGAGUUCUGAGUCUGUUUAGCUGAUUGGAGAGCUAGCUUCUGCAGCUAGUGAGUCCAUGAAGAUGACUUCUGUUUUGUUUGAUCACCGUUUUAUAUGAUUACAAUUGUAUGUCUAUUACAGACACCGUUUGGACACAAAGUAUGUCAAUAAAUGUUUACUAAAUA